AACAGGAGAUACAUCCUAGUCUGUUUGCCUCUCACCAUCCCCUCUUUUCUUUUGGAUUCAGUUUUAUUUUGUAUUUGUAGAUUGAGUCUAAUUCCCAGGUUGCUCCUCCGCAUCUUCAUCCCUCAAGGCUCUGCUUCAUCACCACAGCCACUCUCGUGUUUCUUCCUACGGGCGCUACUUUCAGCACCGGACAGCUCCCAUCGUUUCCCACGCUCCGCCCACCUCCGGCAGACUGGCAGUAAGAAACAACCACACACACACCGGUGGGCGACACUUCAGGUGGCCUAUUAGGAUUUUAUUGGGAGGGACGGAACUUCAAGAACAAUUUGCUCCCUUCCUCGUCGUUCCACUCCUCUCACAUGGAUCUCGAUAGGAGUAUAAAAAGAGAGCCCUCGCUUAUGCUUCGUACGAAUGGAUCGCGGACUGAUGGAGAGACGGCGUUGUUGUUUUUUCAUGAGUUGGGAGGCUGGGGGCUGUCUGGGCAGCUGUUGUGAUCACAUUGUGUUAUUAUAAAAAACGGAACAGAAGAGAGGGAAAGUCUGCGUUCUCUUGGGCUCAGACAAAAGAUGCACGGAUGAGGAGUGUUUGGUCGUUUUUCAGCUUGAUCCUGGGUAUGCAAUCCAAACAUUCUCUGGCGUUUUAAAGUGUUUGUAAUCUCUUGAAGCAGCAGAAGAAAGAGGGUGCCUUUGGUAAUGCUCGCCACACUUUACGAAGUGGCCACAGUGUCUCCUCAGUGCCUGUGAUAAGGAAGGAACGAUGGCUCUCCUAGUCGUCCCUCUGCUCCUGCAAACGGGACUCGUUCUGGGAUCAAACUAUGGUUACGUGGAGUGGUCCGAUAAUGACCGGGACGAGAAGAACCCACCAGUCUUCAGCACCCAAAACAUCAACAGGGAGCCGCCCCACCACCACCCGACCUACUCGGUACCUGCCACCGAGCGCACGGUUGUGGCGCACAAAAUUGAGGAGGACUUACCGAGAGUGGUGACCGCUUUCCUGCACACAGGGGACUCCUCGGCGCUGAGACAGGUCAACUGCUCCCGGAGGUACGAGCUGAGCAGCCUGCGAGGCGGCCUGCACGUCGCCUCCCACUAUUCCCUGCACAGCAUUCUGGACACCGUAGCGCACGCCACGAACUUCCUAAAUAUGAUCCUGCAGACCAACAGGUCCCGGGAGCAAACCUUCCGCAGAGACAUCCACUGGUACCACGCGCUGGUCCAGAGCAUCCUCGAGGGGGAUCCCAAGAUCCACAGGGCGGUGGUGACCUUACACACGGACGCGCCGACGCCGGGGCCACACGUUUUCCUCCAGGCCACAAGGACCGAGAAGGAGGUGGUGUUGCAGGACCUGUCCAGCUCCGCGCACCGUCACCUGAAGGGCAGGGGUCCGGAGGCGGACUGGUUUAAUGAGUUUAGGGACGGCAGGAGAUUCCCCAUGCACAGAAGAAUCCCGGACGAAUCAGGGUACAAGAAGGGAAGUUACCUACUGGACAAAAACCAAAUCAAGUGGUCUGCGCCUUACCUGGAGUGUGAGCAUGGGGCGUUUGUGCCUUACUGGCUGCUCACCUUGUCUGCUGGCUUCUAUGGACUGAAGAGCAACACAGCGCCAGAGUUCAGGGGCGUCGUUCGUGUGGAUGUGAACCUUCAGGACGUAGACAUCGAUCAGUGCUCCAACAGUGGCUGGUUUGCCGGCACUCAUCGCUGUAACCUCACCAGUAUGGAAUGCACCCCCAUCGUUGGCCACGGAUUUGUGUUGGACAAGUACAAGUGCCAGUGCAGGAGAGGAUUUUACCACCCGAGCCGAGUGGCGCUCAAUGGCUUUAAAAGUAAGGAGCUGGGUCCUCACAGAGACGAGGCCUCCGAUAUAUCCAGCAAGUGCCUGCCGUGCCGCGAGGGCUGCCCUUACUGCCGGGACGACACACCCUGCCUGGUGCAGGAGGACGGCGCUCUGCGUCUCGCUGCCGCCUCCUUCCAGGGUCUGUGCAUGGUGCUGGACCUGGCCAGCAUGGUGGUGGUAUACCACUUAAGGAGAAACAAGAGCAUCCGUACAUCUGGUCUCAUUCUGCUGGAAGCCAUCUUGUUUGGGGCGUUGCUGCUCUACUUCCCAGUGAUGAUCUUGUACUUCAAUCCCAGCGUGUUCCGAUGCAUCCUCCUGAGGUGGGUCCGCCUGCUGGGGUUUGCCAUCAUGUACGGCACCGUCGUCCUCAAGCUGUACAGGGUACUAAAGGUGUUCCUAUCCCGCACGGCCCAGAGGAUGCCUUACAUGACUAGCUGGCGGGUCCUGCGGCUGCUGGCGGUGAUCCUUCUGGUGGUGCUGUGGUUCCUGGUGGCGUGGACUUCAGCCGUAUGCCAAAACCCCGAGCUGAGUCACGCUCUCAUCACCGCAGGCCUCACCCCAGAGGGAAUGCAGUUCAGCAUGUGUCUGCUGGAUCGAUGGGAUUACAUGAUGGCAGUUGCUGAGUUCCUGUUCCUGCUGUGGGGCGUGUACCUGUGCUACGCCGUCCGCACCGUACCCUCGGCUUUCCACGAGCCACGUUACAUGGCCGUGGCCAUCUACAAUGAGCUCCUCAUAUCAGCCAUCUUCCACAUCAUCAGGUUCUCUCUGGUGCCGGGGCUGCACCCAGACUGGAUGCUCAUGUUGUUCUUUGCUCACACUCAUCUGACUGUGACUGUGACUCUGGGCCUGCUGCUCAUUCCUAAGUUUCUGUCCAAAGGGACUCAGGCCAGGGAUGACAUUGCCACUGAGGCCUAUGAGGAGGAGCUGGAUAUGGGAAGAUCUGGCUCCUACCUCAACAACAGCAUCACCUCAGCCUGGAGCGAGCACAGCUUGGACCCUGAGGAUAUCCGGGAUGAGUUGAAGAAGCUGUACGCCCAGCUUGAGGUCUACAAACGAAAGAAGAUGCUGGCCAACAACCCUCACCUUCAAAAGAAGCGCAACUCCAAGAAAGGCCUGGGUCGCUCCCUGAUGAGACGGAUAACAGAGAUCCCAGAGACCAUGCACCUGCACCGCCAGUGCAGCCGCGAUGACGGCAGCGAACACGGCAGCAACCGAAGCACUUUGAGGAAAAACAACUUUGAGCCGAGCCACCACGGAAAACCUCGAGACGACUCCCUGAAGAACAAAGUCAUGGGCUUGAAGAAGUCGCUCAGCUAUGAUCAUGUUUGUGACCAGGAAGAAGAAGCUGGAAGUCAACCUGGCUCAGCUACAGGGGACAAAAUGACUCCUGUAGGAGGCGGUGGGGAAGGUUCUCUACUGGGAUCUCUCAUCGGCCGGAGACAUGCCAAGAAACAGCUAGAACCCACAGCAACUCCACCGAGACUGGAACCGGCUGAAUCCACUGAAUCUGUGCCACUGUUUUGGAAAUCAGCCAGCGCUCAUAACUUAAUGCACGAGAAGAAGCCUGUGCACCUCCGGACCUCCAUCAUGCAGAAGUCUCUGAGCGUGAUUGCAAGUGCCAAGGAGAAGAUGCCAGGACUUGCCAACAAGACUCAAAGUGUGGAGGACGCCAGUAAGAAGGGCCUGAAGGGACAGGAGGGGAGAAUGCUGUCAGAGGUGGAUGAGACACCAGAGCAUUACCCCAAGAUGAUCAUCAGCCAGUCAGUAGAGUACUCCAAGACACCCAUGAAGAUGGGGAUAAUGAAACAACAGGUGAGUGGCAGCCAGCCAUCUAUUUGCUCUGAGACUGGGAGGAAUCUUUAUGAUGUAUCUGAGGUUUGUCCCUGGGAGCUGGAAGAACCUCAGACUCCCUCUGAGUCGAAGACCCAGAAGCAUGUUUCCAUCGCUCCUGGAGAAACCACGACAGGCCGGAGAGGCAGCAGCAGCUCUGGAAUCAGCAAAGGAAGUCGGUCCCAACAGAGGCAAAAAACAGGACAGUCACCUUCAAACAGACGCCGCUCCAAAGAUAAGUCAGGAGAAAGGGAUGAUGGGAGGGAAUCACGGAAAUCUCGGCCGCCCAGGUCGCCUCUCCCUCUCAAGCCAGAUGUGUGCCCCUGGGAGUUCGAAGAGCAGCCCAUGCUGGGAGGAGAUUCGGAUUCCAUCUCUCCAGACAGAAUCAGGCGUAAGAAAAGUGUCACACCCACUGAUGGGAAACCCAAAGGGCUCCACUCAGACCACUCCAAGUCCACAGGGAGCCUUUUACAGCCUCCGUCUCUAAUGGUUGAAAUCUGCCCAUGGGACUACAACAGUCCCCCUUCACCCAAGGAGAAGAGCUGCAGCAGUCCCACCACGCACAAGAAGAAACGGAAAGGCUCCUGCUCGUCCAACCACAGAGCCGAGAAGGAGAAAGGGAGGGAGAAAAGCAGAGAAAGGCGGAGCUCCUCCAGCAAGCCGCCAUCAGAGAGGAGGCGGGUCAGCCAGUCAUCAGAAUGCAGCGGGACGCAUUCUGAGCGGCGGAGGAGCUCAACAAGAGACCCAGAGUUGAUGGAGAUCAGGAGGGCGGAGGUUUUCUCCCGGGAGACUGAGCACUCACACACCAGCUCGGCUCAGACUAGAAAAUCACCAGAGAAGAAGAAAGAGGGCUCUUUGAGUGGUGGUUACAAACCUGUGGUCACGAGUGGGGCAAAGAUGGUUGAUGUUUGCCCCUGGGACUUUCCGGAGAAAGACUCUGGAGAGAGGGCAUGAUGACUGGUUUGCAUUGUUUUGUAUUCACAGACUGACUGCGCAGAGAACACAGCAAAGGAAUGAUAAAGAUUUUUCGUUGCAUUCAAAAAGAGUUUUCUCUGGGUCACCUUAGUUAGAGAGAUAUUGUGAGGGAAGGAACAUUUGUCCACAGAUGCAAUCUGGAUGUGACAAUUUGCUAAACAGCAAACAUCUCAUCGUUACAUUGCAGUGAACGCAACCUCUAAGUCAUUUUUGUCAGCACUUUUGCUUGCAUAUUUGGCAGAGUUACAUAAUUUGUAUGUUAAUCACGUUCGAGUAUGUGAAAUACAUUUUAAAAAGAGUCAUACCUGUGUUUACCAGCAGAUCUGACAAUCAUUCACUCAAAAACACAGUGAAUUUUUAGGCAUGCGAUUUUACGCUGAUGAUAGCCUACGUUACGCAGCAAGCCAGUGGAGACUGCAUCAGAUGCUAAAAGAAAUAAAAGACCUAAGGAAAAAAAAAACAGUGAGCUCUGAGAAGCAGGACCAAAGCCCCAGACACAACUGCGAUGCCUUAUCUUUAGGCCAAAUACAUAAUUCAUGACACGGAGAUGAUCUGUUAUAUUAGAGAAACAUGGGAAUAGUGAAAACUAAUAAGGGAAAACUGUAUGUUUUAGUAAAAGGUCUCCAUAUUCAGUAUCAUGUGUUUUACUAAAAACUAAAAAAAAAAAAAAAAAACUAAAAAAAAAAAGCCAUUGCAUGUGGCCGUCAAGCAUCCAACAACUAAAUGUUUAUUGGUCAACUUUUACUCAAAUAUGACAGUGGAACUUUUGAUGUUGUUGCCUGUGGUAUUUGUUUCUUUAUGUACCACAUGAUGAUUCUGAAAUGAGGUGCAUUGCUAUCAAUAAUGUACACACAUAUGUCAAAUGUCUUGCAGUGGCAGUUGAGACGUACUGAAAUAUCCAUGACAUCUACAUUCAUCAACUGUUUCCAUAUUCCUUUCCCCUGUGGUUAAAAAGGACAGUCUUGCAUCAUGGGCUGUGGUAUCUGCACAUACAUUGAAAUUGUGAUGAAGUCUUUCAAGGACCAAAACCGAGCCCCGAGAAGGGUGGAUGAUGUGAAUAAUCCACUGUUUCCCUCUCAUACUUAGCUGCAUUAUACAUCUGUAUGCGCCUUCCUUCAAAUCUUUGCACAUUUUCAAUUGCUCUAACCACAAGUAUGCAUGACCAAAGCUUUUUUUUUUUUUGCCUUUUUCUUGCUGACAGAAUAUGAGUAAUUUAACAUCUCAGCUUUCAUCUCCAACAACAACAGUCAGCCUUUCUGUCCUGUGACCACCACUGACACCUAAUGCAAUGCAGUCACACACAAUAGUCACUUCAGUUUUAUUAUGGUUGGUUGUGUGUGCACAGGGACCACUAAAAUUCACCUUCAAGCAUUGAAAAAUCAUUGCAUAUGUUAUUAAAAGAAUACGAAAGGUGGGAUGGGACCAUGUGGAAGGUUCCUAGGACUUUUAGUACCAGGAACUUCUAUAAAGGAAGUAAAAGUUUUCUUCAGACUUGUCUGUGUUUCCACCUUGGUCUAAGCACCCAAGUAUUUUCAGAAAAAAAAAAAUUACGGCGUGUGAAAAAGUUACUACACUCCAGUCCUGCAGGUGGCGGUAAUCCAGAAGACAAUACAACAACAGUAAAGUCAUGUAAAGAGGCAGACAGACAUUUUUGUAAGACUGCAACAACAGUAAGCAUGGAUGAAAUUUACUGCUUUGUAUAUGGGGUCAUUUAGUAAAACUGCAAUUUGAUACUGACAAAUGAAAUAAAAUGCUGACUGUCAAAUAAAAUGCUGCAAGCUCUUAACCAAUCACAAAUGUUCGGCACUGGUAACCACCAAAUCUCUUGUAUUAUUGAAAAGUACCAAUAGUGGGACAUUUUAAAAUAAUUCUCCAGGGACUUAAAUUAGAGUUUCUCCAAAGGUUCCUAGUCCCUGGAGAAAGUUCCUGCUGUGGUAAUGCAGCUAUCGAUAUAUUCAUUGUGCGUUAUAGGACGGAACUUCCUGUGGGUAUCCCUGGAAAGAACAUCAAGAAAAUGAAAGGCUUCAUAAAUAAACAUGAUUGCUUAUGUUCACGAGCUUCUUUUUCUAUCAGAUGACACUGUUUGAAGUGGAAUGUCAUGUAUUUUAUGCUUGUUAUACUCUGUAGUGCUGCUUCCGAAAUGUUGCAAAUUGCUGUAGCAUCCACAUGGGAUUAUUUAUAUCGUUCAUAUUGUGUUGCAUGUACAUAAAGUAAAUACUCUGUUCUCAGUUCUGGAUUAAAUAUUUAUAUAAAACCCCAAGUUUAA